AUAACUGUUAAUUUUAUUAUAUCGCUCAUAACUGAAAUCUCGAAUAUUUUCUGAAUAACUUAGAAAUAAUAUUAAGCUAAAUGUUAACAUAUAACUGAGUAGAUUAAAUAUCAAAUUAAAAAUACAUAAGUACCUAUCGCAUCUGAUUUAUGUAGUUUGUUAUGUUAAAUUGUUUAAUUAAGUAUUUAAAUGUUAUUCUGAACUUUGUUACGUCUUGUUUGAAUAGUGUAAUUGGUACUACCGUUCUAUGAAUAAAUAAAUAUCUUAAACCAACUAUCUCCAAAAUUUUCAAAAUUAAUGUAAUUUAAUUUUCUAAAACAUACAGUGGAAUAUUUUUCAUUCGGAUAUUGCAUCAUGGUCACGUCGUCAACGUGGCCGCAGGUCCGAAGUGCGUUUCUGUAAAAAUGCUUGCGCGCACUGCAACAGGGCUGCCACGAGUUCCGCACGGUUCGCGACUGUGUAAUUAUGGAUGCAUCACCUAUAUUAGAAUCAUUUAGUCUAGUUUCACUGUAACAAUAUUAUUAACAAUGAUCGUUAUUAUUAGCCAUUUUAUAAUUAUAUUUGAUUAAAAUAUUUUUAUUGUAUAAGUAUCUCAAAUCAAACAUAAUAUUCAUAUGAUUUCCACUUCAAUUCCGAUAAUGAUAUUUAAAAUAUUAGUAAGUAUCUCUGAGUAUUUUUUAUAUACAUUAAUCUUGUGAUAUUUUUCUAAAUAACUUUUGAUGCACGUUGCAAUCAUUUUCAAAUACAUAAUAAUGUAUAUGUUGUCUUAUUAUGUUUUAAAUCAUAAUUAUAGCGACGAUUAAUAAAAAAUAGUACUUUGUUAUAUACAUAAGUGCCACUUGUGGUCUAAACUGAAAAAAUAUUUUUGAUUCUGAUUUUUGAUACCCUCAAGUGCUACGCGGCGGCUUUUCAAACGAAAUAUUUAUAUUAUGUGUGUUUUAAAUAUCAUAUGAAUGAAUCAUAUGAAUAAUCAUGGUGUUUCUUAACAAAACAUUUUUGUCAACCCUAACACAUUUUGCGGAUCUCUGCAAUAAUUUUCAAAUAAAUUGGAAUCGAUUCGACCCGAACUUCAUUCUGUGCUUCAUCUACUGCUUCGUGCAUCAGAAGAACCGUCAACCAACAAGGAACCGCUCCCCAGUGCUCCAGACCUAGUGCUCCAGACCUAGUGCUCCAGACCUAGUGCUCCAGACCUAGUGCUCCAAACCCAGUGCUCCAGGCCCAGCGCUCCAAGUAUUCCGAGUGAGUUUCUAUCAUCUAACAAACACAAUGUCUGACUCCGAGUACGAAUCUGCAAUUGUCGAGAGUCGCAUCUCAAAGUCAGAGAGGAGGAACCCAGCUCUUAUUAUAAGAUCUGACUCCGAAGCUGAAAACGGGACUAGACGAGAUCAGGCAAAAACAUCUAAGAAGAAGUCCAACAAUCGAGCCCCGUCAAAGUCUGAUUCAGAAGACGAUCAGCCUUCCAAGCGUAGCAAGGCUAAGACAACCAAGAGGAAGUCGACAACAUCACGAUCUUCAAAAACCGCUACGCCAAAGAGACGGAACACCAAAAAAGAAGAGGAUCUGUUCGGGCUGGUCUCUGAAGACGAGGAAGACGCAGCUCACGCAAACGCGUCUCGCCGAGCGCCGUCGAGCCAGCUGCCGAGCUCCAUCAGCAGCAAGGUCGCGGACGGGUCGGUGCUGCGGCGCGCGCAGCUGAGCGGCCGCUACUACGCCGAGCUCCACGCGGGACGCGCUCGACACCCGCCCCGAGACCCGCUACACCAAGGCGCUCGUCACUUUGAAGCUCCAGCUCGACCCGGACCAGCCCGAGUGGGACUUGCUUCAAAAGUUCCUCAGGAGAGCCAAGACGACGUACUUUGCGGAUAG